AUGCACGAGCCACGGGUCUUCCAGCACCCGACGAGCCUCACGGAGAUUCGACAGCUGUGGCGCGACGUUUGUGAAGAAGUACCCGGCCCGCUGUGGGAGCGGGGGGCGUCGGGAGACGACGGUGGCCUUGGCUGGGGCCGGCAGCGCGGCGGGGGCGGGGGCGGCGGCGGGCCGGUGGAGGCGGGCGGCGCCGGGGGCGGCAGCGUGUUGGUUUCUUCAUCGCCGAGCGGGGCGGGCGAGUGGGACGCGGAGGGGGGAACGGUGGCGCUACGGCACCUCCAGAAGCUGGCGGUCCAGCUGCCCCACAAGUCGUGGCAGGUACUCUGCCUGCUGCUCGAGUUCCUCGCCCAGGUCGCAGCGUUGAGCAACGUUAACGAGAUGACCUCGGAGGUUCUCUCUCAGACUUUCGCCCCGCUGCUGUGCCGGCCGCAAGGGUCGGCCUUCAUGUCCUUGAGACACGUGCAGGACUUGCUGAAGAUCCAGGCCGUUGUUCGGGUUCUGAUCGAGAACCACACCAUCCUCAGCCAGAACCGCAACGCGAGCAACCACGCCUCCGCUGGGAGCAAGGCCUUGGUUGCCGGUCAGGCGAAGGGGGGCGGGAAGGAGGGCUUGGCUCUCACGCUUUCUGCGGGGGGUCGCAGGCCGAGCUCGAACGACCUCUACAUCGUACAGCAGCUGAUGAACGACAGCGUGUCGCUGCUCGUGUACGCCGGGUCGGAGGGGGAGGAGGACGGGGAGGAGAGCGACGGGAGCGGGGGCAGGGGCGGCGGCGGCGGCGACGGUGCGGGUAGACGAAGAGGGCACGGCGAGCUCUUCGGCGGGCCUCAAGCGGCGAAGGCGGCGGCGGGGACGGUGGGGAGAACGGGCGGAGAUGCUUGGGGGGGCGGAGCCGGGGCUGACCCGACGGGGCGCGGGGGAAGGAGAUCUGUGGCGGGGUCUUUGGAGCGCCGUCGCAUGAUGCUGGCGUGCCGCACGCUGCGGGCGCAGAUCGACCACUACGAGGUGAACUUUCAGGCGGAGUACGGACACCCGCCGAGGGGGCGCGAGAGGGCGCCGCUCGUGUCCACGUACGCGCAGUACAAGAGCUGGAAGCAGUUCAUCAGAGACGACGCGAGCACACAGCUUCAGGCGACGUACCGAGGCUACAGAGAGCGCAAGCGGCACCCGGAGGUCCCGCGGUUGCUCCGAAAAGAAGCGCCGCCCCCGCCGCCGCCACCCCCUUCCUCCUCCUCCUCGUCGGGCGCUACCACCGCCGCCGCCGCUGCCGGCGGCGGCGGUGGCGGGCCGGUUUCUCCUCCCCCGCAAGCCGGUGCGGGGACGACGGCAGGAGGGCGGUCGCCAACGUCCGAAGGAAGGACUUCCCCCAGCCAGACGGCCGCUGCUGCCGCCGCCGCCGCCGUUGUCGCCGGCUCUACGGUCAAGGCGGACGGCUUCUUCGUGGUUGCCGGCAGCGGGUCGGCGACGGGCGGCGGCGGGGUGCUGGGCGUUUCCUCCCCGCCGCGAUCGGCGUUGGCGGCAGGGUUCCCCGCAUCGGGGGUGUCCCCGGCGCCCCUCAGCCCCGUCAGCGGUACCGGAAGCACCAGCAGCAGCGCGCGCGCUGCUGCCGCCCCGGCAGCGGCGGCGGUGGCCACGGCCGGCGGGGAAGCGGCGGCCGGCGGCGGGGGGGAGGAUGGCGUUGCGAGCGCGGCGGAGGAGGAGGUGAGGGUCUCCCUGACCGGGAAGCUUAAGGACCUGCUGGAGGAGAAGAGAGGCAUCAAGGGGCAGCUCAAGAGCUUCGACAUGACCUUCUUCCGACGAACCGGGCGGCUGCCUACAAAGGCGGAGAAGGAGCCCAUGCGUCACUUGUACGAUCGCUACAACGGGCUCAAGCACCAGAUUCGGGACGUCGAGGGUUUGUUGGUUGCCCAUCGACAGCAGGCGGCGGGGGGGGGGGGAGCCGGCGGCGCGGCGAAUGACAAGCUUGUGCAGCUCAAGAAGGAGAAGCGAGUGCUGCACGUGAUGCUCAAGAACUUCGAGAAGGAGUUUAAGGAGAAGAAUGGCCGCGAGGUGAGCUGCCCAGAAGACAUCGCCCCGGUGGAGGGCGAGUACCAGAAGUACAAGAUGAUCAAGAAGCGACUGGCUCAGCUCACCAAGUAGCGCGGUGCGGUGCGGUGCCGUGCGGUGCGUUCGUGUGGGCGAGAUCUAUGAAAACCGUCGUCGGUGACGGACCUGCCUGUGGCCUGGGUUGACUUCGCCGCGGGUCGUUCGAAAAGCGGGUCAACGGACAACAGAACCGGUGUUCUUCUCCUCGUUUCACGCGAAGCUAGCUUCCUUCCUGUUGUCUUUCUUGUGGAUGUCAUUCCCAGCGCGAGAUGGGAGCGGUGCACAUGGGGACGAGCAACAUUGCCCGCGGUAGCAGGAGAGAGGGAGGCGUGAGCCUCUGCGCUGCACUGCUGUCGGCGUUCGUCGGAGUUACCGGAUGGUCUGGUAUUGUCGACGUGGUCCGCAACCACACCCUGCUGGACCAUUGGUUCUAACCCCUUUCUUUUUGUUCUGUGUACGAUCUGUAAGGCAGGCAGCGAGCGGUGCGAUGGUGCGGUGUGUGUGCUGUAAAUUGGCGGUGUUUUCAGUCUAGCUAAUCUAGCAUUUGUGCUAUUGUGUUUUGUCGUAAUUUAUCGUCCCAUGCUCAAGAGGUAGUUCGUUGUUUGUUUUUUUUUCGUUUUUUUUGUUCUGUUUUUUCAGGUGUCGCACCGUCAAGGGCUAUGUAUGAGCACACGUAUACCAUUUAUUAUUUUUUGGCCAACACCAUGUGUCACUCGGGAGAAAGUAGGUGCCUCCUUUGGGUGUUGAAAUCGCGAGGACGAUGUCGUUUGAUGUUGAUGUUAUGUUUGGGCGCGGUUUUCGAUUACGCCCU